GUACUGACUCUGAGUGAACUUCGUUCCGUUCAGAACUGCACGUCUCAUCUGGCUUGUCAAUCACGCUGCAGGUACAAUUUAGAUUUACGUUGAGUAAAAUGAUACAAUUACGCGGUAUUUUCCGGAACGCGUUACGUCACGCAGAACAAUGUCUGUCUGUGAAAAGCCUAUAUACGCCCAGGGCAUCCAUCUCCACUGGACCUCAGCAGCAGAACUCAACCUUUUAUGAGUUCCGCACCUAUUACAUCCAGCCGCAUCUCAACGCCGCCUUCCUCAAACUGACCAGUGAGAAGAUCCAUCUGCGGACAGCCCACUCAGAGCUCGUUGGUUAUUGGAGUGUGGAAUAUGGGGGUCUUAAUCAGGUUUUCCACAUCUGGAAGUAUGAUAGCUAUGCCCAGCGGGCAUCUGUGCGGGCAGCCCUGGCUCAAGACCCCAACUGGAUUGAGCAGUACAUCUCUAAAGCGAUGCCCAUGCUGAGCUCUCAGGACAACGAGGUGACGUACCUCGUACCCUGGAGCAAAAUUCAAAAGCCACCCAAAGAUGGAGGAAUUUUUGAGCUGGUCACCUUCCAGAUGAAGCCGGGUGGUCCAGCGGUGUGGGGCAAGGCGUUUCAGGUAGCGGUGGGCACCCACACAGGGUCAGGAUACACCCAUGCAGUUGGGGUUUUUCACUCUGAAUUUGGACAGCUCAAUCAAGUGCAUGUUUUAUGGUGGUAUGAGAGCGCAGACCAGCGGGCAGCGAUACGGCAUAAAUCUCAUGAAGAUGCCAGAGUGGUGGCGGCAGUAAGGGAGAGUGCAGCAUACUUGGUGUCACAGAAGAACAAACUCUUGUUCCCCUGUGCUUUCUCACCAAUGAAAUAACAUGGCUUCAUGCUUUGACUCCAAACUCAGCAAAAUGUGGAGUGAAAUUUUAUUGAUGCAGUGCAUGAGAUAAGUAAACUGAAACAAGAACAAAAGAUUGAAUUCUAGAAAGUUCCUUAAAAUGUUUUUGCUGAUGGUCAAAUGAAUGUGAAUCAAAAUAAUGCUUUGCGUCUCAUUACAAACUACUGCAGAUA